UGAUACUUUUCCAAGUUAGGAUAAUGAAUGUCUUGGAGAAGAAUUUGGAGGUUGUGGUGUUCCAAAGUACCUGCUUCCCUAUCCUUCUAGAUGGAAAUGGUCAUGGAUUCUGAAGGCUCUGUCUAAAUAUCUUUCGCAAAUUUCUGCAGUAUAUGCUGUCAAUAGUACCCACUGCUGUUAUGAUGCGUUAGUGAGUGAGGGAGUACAUGUUUGUGGAUGUGAUCCCAUUCAAACAGGCUGCUUGGAGGUUAAGUUUCAUGUGUAGUUGCAGCUGCACCCAUCCAGGCAAUUGGGAAGCAUGCCAGCUUGACUUAUUUCUUGUAGAUGAUGGAAAGACUUUGGGAGUUAGGAGAUUGGCUCUUAACAAACUCACAGAUUCCUGUGCCAAGGAACUAGCCUCUACUGUCAGUACAAACCAGUCAUUGAUGCAUUUAAAUCUGGGGGGAAACUCCUUCACAGACCGAUCUGUCUCAUCUCUCCUCCAUCUCAUUCGGACCUGUAAGAGUCUACAGGAGAUCGACCUGAAUGAUAAUUAUCUGGGAGAUUCCGGAGUGAGAUUUCUGUGUGAGACUCUGAUGAAUCCAGACUGUAAAAUAGAGAGACUGGGACUGCAGAAUAAUGGUAUCACUGACUCUUGUACCAAGCAUCUUGCCUCUGCUCUCAGUACAAACCAAUCAUGGACACAUUUGGAUCUGACAUCAAACUUCCUCACGGACAUAUCCGUGCCCACUCUCAUCCGCCUCACACAGAGCUGUAAGCGCCUACAGGAGAUUGCAUUAUGGCGCAAUCAGUUCAGUUCAAAUGGGGCAAGACAGCUGGAAUCGCUACGGUCACUGAGACCCAACCUGUUUGUAUACAUAAACUGGUAAUAGCCGGUCUGAGGAUGAAAAUGAUCUACAGGAUUCCUGAUGUUGUCUCAGUAAAGUACUCACAGCAAAUAUUUUACCCAUGAUCGUAAAUCGCUUGCAAAACAGGUUGAUACUUCAUGGGGCUUCCCCAUUGUUUGUGGUUCCAGGAUGUUAACGUUCUGUGUGAUUUAUGGACCAUAUAAAUGUAGAAAGGACCAUAUGCUGUACCAUUUAGUUUAUGUUGUCCCUCCUCAGUCUA